UGAGAACGGUGCCGGUUCCAGAGAGCCUGUGUUGUCACUUCUGACAUUGAACAUCACCGUUGUCCGCCUCACACAGGAAGGGUUGGCUGGUUAGGUUCACUACUAACUAGGUUUGUUACCCACCAACAAGCUCAGCGUUAACUCACCCACGUUGCGGAUUCACGGGUUGGUCUGUCACUUGGGUGGGACCGUGCCAUGGUCGAACUGCCUUCCAGAGAAGCGGCGGAAGAGCGAAACAAACCCGGCGUCCAGCAGCGCGCGAACUCCCGGCGAAUGACAUCCCGCCGUAGCAGCACCUCGCUUUCUCCCUCGUUCGUCGGAGGUGUAUGAACCUGACGACCACCAUGCCUGCGGCUGUGGCGCCCGACCCUCCAGCGCAGCUCGCCGUCUCGUCAUGGAGCUUGAGCGAGAGCAGUGACGCAGCUGGUGCCUCCAGAACCUCGUCGUCCUGCCGGGCCUCGUCGACCUCGCACUGCCCGACCCAUGCCUGGAAUCCGGACCCACCGCCCUCCUCCCUCCAGCCCGUCUUUUCUUUUUCUCCCUCCCUGCCGCCGCCCUGCCCCUCCCCCGCGAUCUCCUCCUGUCCUCCCAACACCCUCUCUCCUCCAAAUCUCCUCCAGGGCAUUGUGUCCCAGCUCGCCAUGGCGUCCUACAUCGGGCGUCUGCUCCUCUACCUCUUCCAGGUCGUGCCCAGCCUGCUCUACUGGGCCAUCACCUUCACUACAAUCACCGUCCCGACAGCUCUGUUCACCCUCUUUUCCAUGAGCUUGACCUUUACCAUGAACUUUACGACACUUCUCAUAAUAGUAUUGCUUCUUGUAUCUACCGUUAGCUGGUUCAUCCGUUAUCGAUUUCUUAAUAUCUACUCCCGGUUACCGCCAGAGCCGCAGAGGAAAGAGCCCGAGAUAGACCUCUUUCCCGACUCGCAGGAUGGCGACUCAAAACCUGGCUUGUCCAAUUACCUUGACGAGUUUCUCAGCGCCAUAAAAGUGUUCGGCUACCUGGAGCGGCCCGUCUUUCAUGAGCUUACACGAACAAUGCAGACACGGAAGUUGAUUGCCGGUGAAACGCUGCUGUUGGAAGAGGAGAAAGGAUUUUGCUUGGUCGUCGAUGGAUUGGUCCAGAUAUUUGUCAAGUCGAUCCAAGAGCGGGACGAUGAUCGGGAUGGCUGGCAGCUGGAUGAAGCCGUUGACGAUUCGGCCGAUGAAGAUGAUGAGAUUCGGCGUCGGGGUCAUCAGGGAUACCAAUUGCUCACUGAGGUGAAAAACGGUGCGUCGAUGUCGUCUCUCUUCUCGAUUCUAUCCCUAUUCAGCGAAGAUAUCAAAUUACGUCAUAACGAAGAUAUGGAGUCAAGCUCCUCAAGCUUUAACAAUGUCCCCGCACCCGAUUCAAACCCAAUGAGCCCGGCUCUUCUUUUAGAGAGUCCCACGAGGGUGAGCUUUCCCGAUCAGCGAGAUAUCCCAACGCAGCCAAGCGCAGACACUCUGCCCAAGGUCUCCCCUCUAGCUUUGGAGGGAAGCCCCGGUCCAUUCGAGCACGAUCCAAAGCCCCGCGGCCAUCGACGCAAGAGGCCCUCAAGGCCUAAACGGGCCAAGUCCGUUCAUCCCGACAUUUUGGCGCGAGCUAUGGUGGAUACUACCAUUGCAAUUAUUCCUGCGAGUGCUUUCCGACGCUUGACCAGGGUGUACCCGAAGGCUACCGCCCAUAUCAUACAGGUUAUUCUCACGAGACUUCAGCGCGUUACAUUUGCUACUGCGCAUUCAUAUCUCGGAUUAACCACCGAAGUUUUGAGCAUUGAACAGCAAAUGACCAAAUAUACAUCCUUCGACCUACCUAACCACCUUCGUGGAGCAGCGUUGGAUAAGCUAAAGUCUAAAUUUACAAAAGAAAAGGAAAGAUUAGGCCCCGAGGACGGGACAAAAGGCAUUGCGCUUCACAACCCGGCUCUCAACCGGAGAAGAAGGUCUAGUAGUUCACUGAGAAAAGAUGCUGCAUUACAUGCUAAGCUUACAGUGGUGCGAGGAAAAGGAUCAGCUUCGAAUCCUGUUCGAUAUGGUGAUCAUGAAUCCACCGGUGUUAGCCCUGGAGACUUAUUAUCUACCAUACAACUCUCGCGCUUUGGCCCUCGAUACGGAAGCGAGCGGUUGAACGGGAGGAGCGUCUUUUAUGAUGCAGCUUCUGGCAUGAAAACUCCUGCUGGAGGGCCACCAAGUCCACUAGCGACCCCUGGACAACCGCUGUUUAGAUUUCCGGCUCAAAAUGUUACCUUCCAAAGACAAGAUUCUUUGGAUCAGGACGCUAUUUUCCGUGAAUCCAUUCUUGAUUGCAUGAUGAAGGCACUGGGGCUCACGGGAAGCACCCAAGACGCCUUGCGCAAAACGCAUAAUUCCGGGGAUGCUUCCCCUCACCUAGUCUCCUACGACUCACGCCGUCAGAAAGCCGUUUUCAAUAACGCCUUUGGUUUCAUAGACCCAUAUGACGGCUUCGGCGAUGGGGAUUCUGAAUCGCUCAUGUCAAUGUCCGUUACAUCUGCCGGGGGCACGUCCCCGGUUCAUAACCUUAGAACUGAACUACAAGAUGAAAUCGAGAUAGUUUACUUUCCCAAGGGCUCCGUGCUCAUAGAACAAGGGGAGCAUAACCCAGGCUUAUACUAUGUCAUUGAUGGCUUUCUAGACGUCGGUAUUCCUGUCAAUGAAAAGGGAGAAGAUCUUAUAGGUUCUUCUCGGAGACCUACAGCCGAGGACAUUCUACUACCAAUUACAGGUAAUGCCUCACGGGUGUCGUCAACGCUUGGUACCGCACAUAACCAGAGGAAGAAGGCCUCCCGGCGUUCCUUGUAUAUGGUUAAGCCUGGCGGUGUUGAAGGAUACAUUGGUUCUAUAACGUCAUAUCGAUCGUUUACGGAUGUUACCGCAAAAACGGAUGUCUAUGUUGGGUUUCUUCCACGAGCGGUGCUGGAGAGAAUCGCUGAUCGAUAUCCUUUGGUCAUGCUCACGAUGGCAAAACGGUUGACGACGGUCCUGCCACGACUUAUUUUACAUAUUGACUUCGCUCUCGAAUGGGUCCAAGUCAAUGCUGGACAAGUUAUACACCAUCAAGGGGACGAGAGUGACGCAAUUUACAUCGUCUUGAACGGUCGACUCCGUGCCGUCCUUGAUAAAGGAGAUGGAAAAGUUAGCGUCCUGGGCGAAUACGGCCAGGGCGACAGCGUCGGAGAGUUAGAAGUCAUGACUGAAUCGACACGGCCCGGUACCUUGCAUGCAAUCCGUGACACAGAGCUGGCGAAAUUCCCUCGGACCUUGUUUAAUAGCCUUGCUCAGGAGCAUCCUGGCAUAACAAUCCAAAUUUCAAAGUUGAUAGCCCAACGGAUGCGUCACAUAAUAGACAACCCACUUGAAAAGGGCAGUGACAAAGGCAGCCCAGACAGCACCAAGCCGACCACGUCUACUUUGAAUUUACGAACCGUGGCCGUUCUGCCUGUUACCGCCGGUAUUCCUGUGGUUGAGUUCGGGAACAGACUGUUGAAUGCCUUUAAUCAGGUCGGCGUGACGAAUGGUGUCACUUCCCUCCACCAAGCCGAUAUUUUAAACCAUCUUGGCCGACAUGCGUUCAGCAAGAUGGGUAAGCUUAAACUCGCGCAGUAUCUCGCAGAUCUCGAGGAGAGAUACGGAAUGGUUCUGUAUGUUGGAGAUACAAGCGUCAAUGCACCCUGGACCCAAACAUGUAUUGCCCAAGCGGAUUGCAUUCUUCUUGUCGCCCUAGCCGAAGGUUCUCCUGCGAUUGGUGAAUAUGAGCGCUUCCUUCUUGGGAUGAAGACGACCGCAAGGAAAGAGCUUGUUCUUUUGCACGCUGAGAGAUACUCCCAACCUGGUCUCACCAGACAAUGGUUAAAGAAUCGGAUGUGGAUUAACGGAGGUCAUCAUCAUAUCCAAAUGGCGUUCCGUCUGACAGCGGAACCCGUCCAUCCAGAGACUAAACGCCUCGGCGCCGUGCUCAAGCAGAGAGUUCAAGUCAUCCAGGCUGAGAUUCAAAAGUACACCUCUCGCAGGAUUCGCCAGACGCCAGUUUAUUCCACAUCGACCCCGGUCAAAGGUGAUUUCCACCGGCUCGCUCGUCGUCUAUGCGGCAAGUCUGUCGGGCUAGUGCUGGGUGGUGGAGGCGCAAGAGGUAUUGCCCAUAUUGGCGUGAUAAAGGCACUGGAAGAGGCUGGAAUCCCUAUCGAUAUCAUUGGAGGCACAUCCAUUGGAUCCUUUAUUGGCGCAUUAUAUGCUCGAGACGCGGACGUUGUCCCCGCAUACGGCCGCGCGAAGAAGUUUUCAGGACGCAUGGCCAGUAUGUGGCGUUUCGCUUUGGAUCUCACUUACCCCUCGGCUUCAUAUACCACCGGUCACGAAUUUAAUCGCGGAAUAUUUAAGGCGUUUGGGAAUAGCCACAUUGAAGAUUUCUGGCUAGAAUUCUAUUGUAAUACGACUAAUAUCAGCAAGUCACGACUUGAGUUCCACUCGUCUGGCUACGCGUGGCGGUAUGUUCGUGCUUCUAUGUCUCUAGCAGGCUUGAUACCUCCUCUCUGUGAUGAAGGUAACAUGCUACUUGACGGUGGAUACGUGGACAAUCUCACGGUUGCACGCAUGAAAUCUCUCGGCGCAGAUGUCAUCUUCGCCGUUGACGUUGGUGCGAUCGACGACAACACUCCACAGGGAUAUGGUGAUUCCCUUUCCGGCUUUUGGGCAUUAGUGAACAGGUGGAACCCGUUCUCCUCCCUCCCUAACCCGCCAACACUCUCCGAGAUCCAAGCUCGACUCGCAUACGUUUCGUCCGUGGAUGCUUUAGAACGGGCCAAGUCUACGCCGGGAUGCCUUUAUAUGAGGCCCCCGAUCGACGCCUUUGGGACUCUGGAUUUUGCAAAAUUCGACGAGAUUUACCAGGUUGGGUACAAGUUUGGCAAAGAGUUCUUGGACCGGCUGAAGAACGAAGGUGGAUUGCCGAUUCAGGAGGAGACGGAAGAGAAGAAGAAGCUGAGACGGACGAUGGCACCGCGGCGGGCGAGUAUUUGAUCCAUUCUACGAGAAGUGGCAUGUCCAUGUGUGAACAGCGAAAAGAAAUAUUUUGAUGGUGGCUUAAGGGGCUUUUAGGUGUGAAUCUCAAGGUGGAAGGGGCGCCUUUUCGGUUACUAAAUAGCAUCUGGAUAGUGGCUAAUUGCCGAUCCAUGUAGAUAAUAACCAACCUAUAUGUAUUUAUAUAAAGGCUCGUUUCUAAUAUACAUAGAUAAGGUCGCGUU